AUGGCAGCCGCGCGCAAUCUCGUCCCCCUCCUGACGCUCCUCCUCUUCGCGGCGGCGGCGCCGGCCCCCUCAGCGGCGACCAAGUUCGUCGUCGGCGACAAGCAGAACUGGGCGCCCAACGUCAACUACACCGCCUGGCCCGACAAGUACCACUUCCAUGUCGACGACUGGCUCCAGUUCAACUACGAGAAGGACAUGUACGACGUGGUGCAGGUGGCCGACGAGGCGGCGUACCAGAAGUGCGACCCGAGCAACCCCGUCGUCAGCUACAACCGGGGCCGCAACUAUGUCAUCCAGCUCAACCGCACCGGCCGCUACUACUUCAUCUGCAGCCGCGGCUACUGCUGGAACGGCAUGAAGGUCACCGUGCUCGUCGAGCCGCGCCCAGCGCCGCCGCCGUCAGCCAUAGCGCCGUCAGCCAGCGGCGCCGCCGUCUCCGCCGGGCUUUCGUCGUGGGCUCUCGCGGCUGCCGCCGCCUCGCUGUGCGCGGCGGUUUUCGGUUUGCCGUUUGCGGCGUGA